GACCUUGUCGAGCAGUUCCCAUUGGAUUUGAUAGAGCAGCCGACCGCACAUGUGUCUAGCGAUCCUCGCGACACUUACAAUAACAUCCUGCUGUUCAUCGUUCGUGAAGACACUCGCAAUAAACGAUCGGCCACACCUACAGAAAUGCACAUCUUCCAGAACACACUCAAUCGUUGUUUCGACGACAUCGAGAGAUUUGUGGCUCGGAUUCAAUCGGCUGCGUUCGCUCAGAGGGAACUCGAACAGCAGGCACACCGCUAUAGAACUGCGAUGCGCCGCGACAAGCGGAGUGGACCACCACCGCCGGAUCCCAAUGGCAUUCUUCAGAUGCGAGCACAAUUGCCCAUUGAACCUGAAUUCGUCGAUAUUUUCAGAAAAUUUAAACUCAGUUUCAAUCUUUUGGCCAAACUCAAGAAUCACAUUCACGAGCCGAACGCACCUGAAAUUGUUGCACUUCCUCUUCACACCUUUGACCGUCAUUGCAGUUCUGGAACGCGCUGCCAUUGGCGGUCUGGAGGAAAUAUUGCUCCCCAGAUAGUUUCACCGUUACUGUCAUUAGAAGCACGUGAACUGAUGCAGAAUUGUUUGACUAGCAAAGAAUCGGAUGUGUGGAUGAGCCUCGGCGAAACCUGGAGAACACCACCAGAGGAUUGGGUAGGACCGCUUCCACCGCCAUACAAGCCAGUGUUCGUCGAUGGAUUUGCACCAUACGGUCUGCCUGAACAGCAACAGCAGCGACCGCCACCGCAAUCAGCCGGCUACCCGAUGCCGCUUCAUCGUGGCGAAUCCGCGCCACCCGUACAGUAUCGUCCAUCUCCACGGGAUCGAAGUGUCGACACGCUCGAUCUCGAUCGGCUGUCGCUCGAGCGAGAACGACUCGAUUUUGAGAGACAGAAGAUGCUGGAAAGGGAACGACGGCUGCAGGACGAAGAGAAAGUCAUCAAGGCCGAGAGAGCUCGUCUCGAAGCGGAGCGAAAAUUGAUGAAGCACGAGUCCGAGUCAAUGAAUAGCAACCGUUCUAAAUCCAUCUAUGAACCUCCGCCAUCAUCGCAAGCAUCCCCAAUGACAGCACGUGGGAACGUUCGCCCAGUGAUGCUCCCUGAUUUGGGCGACCAAUCACCUCGACAAAGGGCGUUUGUGCAGGACGCGAUUGGACGAGGUAGUAAACUAGUGGUGGCUACAUACGACCGAGUUGCUCAAAAUGCCAAAGAAUUGACCGUGAGCCGUGGCGAAUACCUUGAGGUUCUCGAAGACACGAAGAAUUGGUGGGAAUGUCGAAAUGUGCACCAGCGGGUCGGCUACGUACCCACACUAUCCUGUCGAUGGUGCCCUUGGAUCACGCCGAUACUCGUGAUGUCUACGGCCGUGACAAUUCAUCGUUACCGAAUGGCCACGCUCAUGGUGGCAGUCCGAAGCCAGGUAUGCUGCCCGAUGACGCGCCCCCGUACGUGA